CAACAGCAACAGGUGUCUCCAGAUCCACAGCUCUCCGAAGUUUCGCACACCGAAAAACUGUUAUGAGAUAGCCAAAUGAAGUCAUGGGUAACCAGGGAUCAGUCUUGAGCGAGGAAAAGCUUCAGGAACUAGAAAAGGCUACAAACUUCAGUGCCAAAGAAAUCACGAAAAUUUUGAAGAGAUAUGGAGCACUGGACAAUUCACCCAAUGGGGAAGAAGGAAUUCCUAUAACCAAAUUCCUGAACAUCCCUGAGGUGGUUGGGAAUCCCAUCAUGCCGUGCGUGUUUGCCAAGUUCAGUGACCUGCAGGGCGGUAACCUCGGCCCUGAACCCUUCCUCCUGCUGUUCUCCAUGCUGCACCCUGAUCAACCAAUGGACAAGAAGCAGAAGUUUGCGUUUGACAUGUUGGAUGUGGACAGCCAGGAACAGCUGGGGUUUGAGGAGCUGUUCAGCCUGUACAAGCUGCUGUACAGCCCCGCGCUGUCCGACCAGAAGAUCUCUCACCUGACAGCACAGGUGCUGUUCCGGGAUGACCUGGCCACACCCGGAUACAUCAACUUUGACGAGUUCUGUCAGCUUGUUCCUGUAUCAGAAAUCAAGAGCAGACUCACAGUACAGCUACAGCUUUCCUGACAUUUCUGCUGUAUAUUAUUGUGUGUUUUUCUAGUGUUUUGAUGAAUCUGUCCUAUAUAACACUCAAUGACAUAUUGUCACAAUUUUUUAAAAGUUUAAUUAUGUACAUGUGUGCAGCAAACUACACAAUUCUGACUAAAGAUAUUGACAAAAAUGAUCAAGUAAUGUUAUACUACUAUCAAAAACGGAGAAUAUCUAGAGUUGUAAAAUAACGUCACAAUAUAUAGAUCAUCAAUUGAACAUUCUUAUAUACACUGAUGUGACACUCACACAUAUCUUAUGAAGACUAUUUGAGUAAUGAAACGUUAACUGCGAUGUUUUCUUGUGGUAAAUACAUGUAUGGGGAAGAAUCAUGUGUAUAGUGUAUUA